UUCGUGGACGCGAUACAGUGCACGUCGCAACGCCCGCCCGAGAUAUCAGUGAUAACAGCUCGGCUUCUGGAACUUCCGUUCGCGAGGCAGGGUCGGAGUCCACACAAACAGUUGGUGACCGGGUGUGACCGGGAUGUGACGUCAUCAUGGCUAAGGGACGACCUCGCAGGAUACUCUACCGUACACUGCGACCGGAGGCACUCAUGGCGGAACCUGUGGACAAUCUGGAGAAGAUCCACGAGGGAGAUUGCAGGCCUGGACUGUGCGGGAACGAGGCAGCCUGCAAGCCUGUCGGCAAACACCAGUUCGUGUGUAUCUGUCCUCAUGAUUCAUCGCCCGCCACCGCUGACCUCAGGUGUCCUAACAGGCUCACAGUGCCACUGACGCCUCGACCCAUCCUCAACAUCAUUCCGCUCGGAAACAACAUCACGUCAAACAACAACAGUACCACUCUUCAUCAUCUUAACCCAGAAACUAUCCAGGCUACAGUUCUAGUGGCAGCGUUUGCUGCUUCUUGUCUCCUCCUGUUGGCUGUGUUCUCAACUCUGUGUUGCUGGAAAGGCUGGAAACUCUCCCAGUGUUGUUCCUUCCCCCAGACGUUCUGCAAACAGCAAUCUGAUAGCGCUCCACACAGUCUGAGUAAAGGGCUGUUGGCGGUGGAGAGGUACGCUCCCAACCCUCAGUACACACCCUGCUCCCUCUCGGACCUCAGCUCUACUCUGUCAGUGGCCAUCCUGCCACGGGACCACAUAAUCUUCCAGCAGGAGAUUGGAGAGGGCUGCUUCGGUAAAGUGUACAAAGGAGAGCUGAAGACUGAGACCCACGUUGAGACUGUUGCGAUAAAGGUGCUCAAGGAAUCUGCGACGAGAGAAGCAGAGGAAGACUUCAUGAGGGAGGUGCAGAUCAUGAGUGCCUUCAAACAUGCCAACAUUCUGUCACUCAUUGGGGUUGCUCUCAGAGAGCCAAACAAGAGUCCUUGGAUGGUGUUUGAGUUCAUGACGUAUGGAGACCUGACAGAGGUGCUGAGGAGCAACAGCAGAACAUUCUGGACCCCGUCCACCACUCUCCCCCGCCUUAACAAGGACAGUCUCCUCAACAUAUCCACCCAGAUAGCUGAAGGGAUGGCGUACCUGGCCACACAGAGGUUCGUGCACCGAGACUUGGCAUGUCGCAACUGUCUGGUGGGUGAAGGCUUGUGUGUCAAGAUCGCUGAUUUUGGCAUGAGCAGGGACGUGUACACCUGUGACUAUUACAAGAUUGGGGGAUCUCGACUUCUCCCAGUGCGUUGGAUGUCACCAGAGAGUGUGACGUACGGCCGCUUCACUCUCGAAUCUGAUGUUUGGUCAUAUGGAGUUGUUCUGUGGGAGAUCUACAGUCUCGGAAAACAGCCGUACUUUGGCCAUAACAAUGAAGAGGUAGUAAGGCUGAUUCUGCAAGGUAUCAUGCUGAUAACACCUGAUGACUGUCCUCCGCACAUCUGUGAGCUGAUGCGGUCAUGCUGGAAGACGGAGCCCAGGGAUCGUAUCACAUUCCCGGAGAUACUUGAUAUUCUCCAGAAUUCCUCAACACAACCUCCGUCAACGUUGCCUCGACCCCCAGCAUUCCCCGUCACUCCUCAGACCGUAGUGGAGGUCCUGGAUGCUGAGAACUACCUGAAACCUCUUCAACCGGAACCGAAAGAAUAUCUACAGACAUUACCUGACUAAUUUUAAUAGAUGCUGACAAUGUUCCGGAAUUGUUCAUCAUCUCUGCAAGUGUCCAGAGUUUAAGCAGAUGCGACUCGCAUAACUUACUAAAAAUUGAUCUUACUGGUUAAAGUAAUUUUACUUUAUAAGUAUUACUUCAUAUCCAGAGGAAAGUUCAAAUCUAGAAGCUUAAAACUGGAGUGGCUAGGACUGGAUGUUCUUAUUUCUCUGGUCCCUUCUUGAUUUAACUGUCUGGCAACGACACUGGUACAUCAAAGGAUGAAUGGGUAGGUUUAUGGUAAUUAGAUCUUCCACCACCCACCCACUUCGAAUCAUCUCCAACUCGCCAAACUCUGUGAGGAUAAACUUCUGCUUUCCAGUUAAGAGACUUGCUGUUAACCCUUAAGUUUGAAUCAUCAGUAGUUCAAACCAUGGGUUGAUUAACCAGCGUGCUGAGAGGGCAUUGUGGGAUUGACCGCAUCUCUUGGCAGAGAAAUCAUACUUGUCAGUCACAGCUGAUGGUGGAAUGCUGUCAUAGAGUUUAUGUAGAGAAAGUCGCAAUUAAUUGACAGUGAUAGUAGCUCAUAUCUUGUCAUUUCACUUUAGAAUUAAAUCAAAUGUGCGAGAAAUACGCAUGUUGCAUUAUUACAAAAAGUAUAAUGCCAAACAGUUGAGAAAAAAUGGUAAGAAAUCAACAGUAGUUUUAUGUUCAGUAUAAUUGAAUGUUCAAACUCAAAAAUAUACAUAUGAGCGAUCAAUACAUUUAUGACAGAGUAAAAUGAAUACUCAGGAAGCACGUAUUCAAUUACUGUAAUCUACGUUCUUCUCUAACAAUCAAUAUGGAAUUUAAUGAAGAACAGAUACCAACUAAUUUUCAUCAUGUGUGAAAUAAAUUGACAACAUUACAAGGAACAAUGUUACCGGGUUAUGUAAAUAUCUAUUUCUUGUGCAAUGUGCAAUGUUUAGAACUGUGUAGCUGAUUGUAAAUAAAUGUCAUAUUUCUGUGAUAUAGACCGGACUUUAAAUGCAAUAAAGCAUUUAUUGUUGUGAUAAAUAUUUCCAUGUGAGUAGCUGUACAUUAUAGUAAUUGUGACAUCAAUGUGCAUAUGUGUAGUGGUAAGUAAUCAUGUUAGUAUAUACAUCUUGAAUUAUAAAAGAGAUCAUAAUUACACUUGGUGAUUAUACAGUGUUUUUGUGGUCCUGGGAGAAAAUAAACCCGGCAGUCCAUAAUCCAAAUAAGUAGUCUUCCUUUAAAAAUUAGUCCCAAAAAUACACUAUUUUUACAAAUUUUAAUUGCAACUUUAACAUAUUCUUCCAGAUUCUGUGGUAAAAAUACUAAAACUGUAGCUCCAAAAAAAUUUACUUUGAAUCAGACCUUUAUAAUUGACUUAAAUAUAGACUUAUUGAGAGUUAUUCCAUACCCAUAUUUCCCCUCUCCACCAAAGUUAAGUGCUAGUUAUACCACCGUGUCAGUUUGAUAUUACAGAUCGGAACUUUGAACCCAUAACCUUUAGAUACUCAUGUUUUGAGAUACAAGAGUUAUAAUAUAAAAAACAAAACAAUAAUGGUAUCUGUCCUCAAUGAAAAUCUAAACAAAAUUUUAAAUAUAUUUAUAUGAUCUACAGUAACAUGAGGUGUUUCCAUAAAAGCUAAAAAGAUCUAAGUUAGUUGCUUAUUGAUAUAUGUUUGUUAGUAAAUAAUGUGUUAUACUUUGUACAAUAUUACAUAUUUUAUUCGUCACAUUGUUCAAACUAUUUUUAACAAUGAAUUACUGUGUAAUCGUAAUAUUAAAUUUAGUAAACUGUAAAGUAACUUCAAAAAAUCUAUAAUGUUUAAAUGUUGCUUUCCAUGUUGACUGUUUGUUCGGAUGCCAAAGAAUGUACCAAAGCGUACAGAUGACACAAAGUUAGUUAAGUGUUAAGUGAAAUACUACAGCUGAAAUAGUACCUUACGUGAGGUGUUGUUAAUGUUACCCUUAUCAUUAGAAUUUAUGUAUAUUUAGAAGUAAAUUGAUAUAUUCUAUUGUAAUUUUGUAAAUUAAAGUGUAUAGAGGGAUAAAAUGGGCCAAUGGCAACUACCAUAAAAAAUGUGUUUGGAAAAUACAAAAUUUCUUGUACCAUUUCGGACUUUGAAAAUGUCAAUAACUGUCAAAAAUACAGAGAUUAUGGUAACACCAAAGUUCACUUGAGGGAGUGAUGUUUUUUAGGUAUAUGCAAGGCUGUUAAAGAGGGAGGGAGGUCAUAGUUUGAAGAUGAAGCAGGAACUGUGUUAUUAGACAGCCACAGUCUGCACUUAUUUUACUGAUGAUGAGCAUGUGUGAGAACAAUAUUCUACAACAGAGAGAGAUUCCUUAGGCAAGAUAAUUGUGAGAACUAUAUUUAACUAUAUUUAAAUUGGUGAAAGGCACCUCAAUCCUAGGAACAGCCCUAUAUAUAUAUAUAUAUAUAUAUAUAUAUAUAUAUAUAUAUAUAUAUAUAUAUAUAUAUAUAUAUACCUAUGAAUAAUACAUCCCUCCAUAUGUAUAUAUCUAUAUUUAAAUAUGAGGAAAUCAAAAAUGUCUUUAUUUGAAAAAAAAAAAAAAACAAUGAGAUUGAUUAUCAAGGAAAUAUUGUAGUAACAAUACUGAUUUCAUAAUUAAGUGUUUUUUUUU